AUGAAUGUGCCGAGUUUUUCGGACCUCGGCGCAAACGCGAGAGAUGUAUUCACUACUGGCUACCAUUAUGGCAAAGGUCUCAUCAAAUUGGGUGCCACAGCGAGGUCUCUUGGCAAGUUGAAAAUGGGCAGUAAUAUACAGUUGGAAACCGAAACGUCGAAGAUGAUUGGGAACGUGUAUGCUGUGUAUAAAACGCACAAUUAUGGGAGCUUCGUACAAAAGUGGGUAGAGGAUGGUACAAUUACACUGGGGUUUCGUGAAACGGUAAUGCCAGAUGUUAGUACGAAAUCGGACAUCAGUUACAAUCCAGGGACUGCUGCCAAAAAAGUAGAAGUCGGUGCCAAAUGCAACAAGGAAACCAUCAAUGCGAUCUGCCUUGUCUCGAGCGACGUCACUUCGUACGUGAAUAUUUUGGGCUCUAUAGUCACCGCAGUGAAGGGCCUCCUGAUUGGUUACCAAGGUGGUUAUAACUCACAAACGAAGCGAAUGACGAAUGACGUCGGGGUGGCUUUCAGUUAUCAAGACGUCGGCUUUCACUUUCGAUGCACCUCCAUACCGUACGAGUACGGACUCUCGCUCUUGUACAAAGUACACCAAGACUGGGACGCCGCAAUCAACGGUAUUCUGGCGAGAAAUCAUGGAGUUCAAUAUUGGACCCUGGGUGCAGCGGCGAAAUACAACAUUGACGAAGGAUCGACGUUUCGCUGUAAAUUCAACACGGAUCUUCAGCUGGGCAUGAGCCUGCAGCAGAAGCUCGACGAGCACGUGACGCUCAGCCUGUCGUUUAACAUCGAUUGUGCCAACGUGACGAGAGGCGGCCACAAAUUCGGCCUGGCCAUCGAAAUCGAGGAGUGAACGAACCAGCUUCUCGAAAUGUCUUUUGUAAA